AUGUUUCAUAGAAGAGCAUUGAAGACUGCAGAACGUAUAAAAUUGAACCCCCUAUUUUAUUCCAAGCAGAGGCUAAUCAAAGACAACCAAUCAAUUUUAAAGAAAGAAAUGUCAUCCACAGUUGGUUUUUACAUGCCACCGGUGUCAUACUUCGGUGAAGGUGCUCUAGAUGAAGUUGCUGAAUACAUUAAAAAUCAAGAUUACAAAAGACCUGUAAUCAUUACUGACCCUGGUAUUUCGAAAAUCGGUCUUGCACAAAGAGUUACUAAACUUUUGGAGAAGCGUGAUAGGGUGGUAGGCAUUUAUGACCAGACCCAGCCAAACCCCACUACCAGUAACGUCAAUGCCGGUCUCAUGGUCUUGAAAGAACACAAGGGUGAUAUUAUUAUUUCCAUUGGUGGAGGUUCCGCUCACGAUAAUGCCAAAGCUAUUGCCUUAUUGGCAACCAAUGGUGGUGAAAUUGGUGACUACGAAGGAGUAAACAAAUCCAAAAAAAAAGCAUUACCAAUGGUUGCUAUCAAUACUACUGCUGGUACUGCUUCUGAAAUGACAAAAUUCACUAUUAUCACCAAUGAGGAAGAAAAGGUUAAGAUGGCUAUUAUUGACAACCAUAUAACUCCAAGUAUCGCCGUGAAUGACCCUAGCACCAUAUAUGGUCUUCCACCUCCAUUGACUGCUGCCACUGGUCUAGACGCUUUAACACAUUGUAUAGAGUCAUAUGUCUCUACUGCUGCUAACCCUAUCACUGACACAUGUGCUUUGAAGGGCGUUGAGUUAAUUCAUGAACAUUUGUUCAAUGCUUUCAAAAAUGGUCAAGACUCUACCGCAAGAACAGGUAUGUGUUACGCUCAAUAUCUCGCCGGUAUGGCAUUCAACAACGCCUCCUUGGGUUAUGUUCAUGCCAUUGCACAUCAACUUGGUGGUUUCUACCAUUUGCCUCAUGGUGUCUGUAACGCGGUGCUAUUACCUCAUGUUCAGUCCUUUAACAAAAAAGAUCCAAGAGCCAAUGAAAGACUAGGCCAGAUUGCUCCUUAUUUAGGGGCAAAGGAAGCCAAUGCAGAUUCAUUAGUUGAACGUUUGCUUGAAUUCACCAACAGUUUGGAAAUACCAAGGAACUUGAAGGAGCUUGGUGUCAAGGAAGAAGAUUUCGAAAUUCUUGCUGAACACGCUUUAAAGGAUGUUUGUGGAUUAACUAAUCCAAUCCAAUUUACCAAAGUAGAAGUUGUUGAAAUCAUCAGACAGGCCUAUGAAUACUGA